AUGGUUAUAACCAUUUUACUGGACCUGUGUCAGACGCGCGUCCGCGGCGCGGCUGCGGGAAAACUGAAAGUUUCUGCCUCCGAGCAUGAUGACUUGAUAUUUACAGGAAAUAAUCCAAAGAUGUUUGAAGAAUUCAAUAAAGCAAUGGCUAGAGAAUUUGAGAUGACGGACAUUAGCCUAAUAUCCUACUAUCUUGGAAUUCAAGUAGCACAGAGGAAGGAUGUCAUUUUUAUUUCUCAAGGAGAGUAUGCAAAGGAAAUUCUCAAGAAAUUUGAGAUGGAGAAUUGCAAUCCCGUAAGCACCCCCGUUGAAUGUGGAGUUAAAAUAUCUAAGCAUGGAGAUGGAGAUAGAGUCAAUCCCACAUUUUUCAAGAGUCUUAUUGGAAGCUUAAGAUAUUUGUCAUGUACAAGGACGGAUAUUCUGUUUGGAGUUGGACUCCUGAGUCGCUUUAUGGAAACUCCUACUACCUCGUACUUAAAGGUAGCCAAAAGAAUACUUCGGCACAACAAAGGUACGCUUGAUUAUGGAAUUCUUUAUUCAUCUUCUAAAGAAUCCAAGUUCGUGGGAUAUUGUUAUAGUGACUGGGCUGGUGAUAUUGAUGAUCAGAAAAGUACUACUGGGUUUGUUUUCUUUCUUGGAAAUUCCACAUUUACAUGGAAUUCUAAGAAGCAACCAAUUGUGACUUUGUCAACUUGUGAAGUGGAGCAUGUAGCAUCUUGUUCGUGUGUUUGCCAUGAAAUUUGGCUAAGAAGCUUGUUGGAAUAA